AUGAUUUUAGGUUCAAUAAAAGCGACUUCUGGAACUGCUACGAAGACCUCAGCGACCCCGACGCCAUCGACAGCAACAAGAAAUACCGAAAGUAGACAAAAUACGAAAAUUACGUCGUCUACAACAGGAACAAAAACAUCCAAAAAAUCUAAAACCACUGAAACCGAAACUCUAACAACACAAACAACAGCAGCGAAACUAACAAAAACAACGGCUGCGGCAACAACAUCAUCAUCUACUGGCAAGGCAACAUCGUCUUCUGCAACAUCUACCACCACGGCUUCGACUUCAACGACGACCACAACAACAAAGACAGUGACGUCACCGACAACAACUACAACUAUGGGCACGAGUAAUACGCCGAAAUAUACGUUGCCCACGCAACUUCCAACUACCAGAGGAGUUUCAGUACGACCACCUGUAGUGUUUCCAUCGAAUAUAAAGAGCAAAUAUACGCCAAAGAAAGCGCAUAAAAAAUAUGGUCCAUCGAACACAUGUGAACCUUGCAGUAAGCCAUGUUCGCUUCGACUUCGUAGUUUUGAGACAUCAGAUCAAAUUUUCCAAUAUGCAUACAGCCGUUCAACGAUGCUUGAAGAGUCGUUACUAGCUGUAUUACGGGAAACCCAGGGGACAGUUCUUCCACCACCGUUGUCAUGGAAAGCAUCGAUUUCGCCGGAAACUGUGCAGCUUGCACAAACUUUAAUGCGAAUUCAGCGGCCAAAUCGAUCGCUGGUGGUCGGGAUAUUUUCUGGCCUUUCGGUACUUGCUGUAGCUGCUCUUACAGAUUCCAGGGGAAUUGUAAUUGGCUUAGAGUAUCCAGAAUUUAUCGUUUAUUGGGAGAAAAUUGGCAUGAAGCAUGCCAAUAAGUUGCACUUGAUGAAUCGGAUCCAAGUUCGAUCACUGGAAAAUGUUGACAAGGCUUUACAGCGGAUUGCAACCACCGAAAUUGGCACAUUCGAUUUUGUUAUACUUGAUGACUACCGACAAGUAAAUUAUCUGGAUGAUUACGAGCAUGCUGUACGACUGCUGAGGACCGGUGGUAUCCUUUUGAUAACAGAUGCACUUAACGGCGGUGCUGUGUUAUCCGGACCGGACUAUGUGACUCAAGAGAGUAAAGCCGUUCAGAAUAUGAAUCUUCGAAUAAAAGAGGACACUCGUGUAUCGGCGACAUUACUGCCAUUUGCUGGAGGAACUUGGUUGAUCACCAAAGUAUAG